AUGUCGUCUUCGUCGAAAGCGAAAGCCACUGGGCCAGCGGAUGCGCCAUAUGAGCUCCCUUGGGUCGAGAAAUACCGACCCCAAGUACUGGACGAUGUGGUCGGCAAUGCGGACACGAUCGACAGGUUGAAGGUCAUCGCACGGGACGGAAACUGCCCGCAUAUCAUUAUCUCAGGAAUGCCCGGUAUCGGAAAGACAACGAGUAUACACUGUCUUGCGCAUCAGCUACUAGGUCCCGCCUACAAGGAGGGUGUUCUGGAACUGAAUGCCUCGGAUGAGAGAGGAAUUGACGUCGUCCGAAACAAGAUCAAGAACUUUGCGCAGAAGAAGGUCACCUUGCCACCAGGGCGGCACAAAAUUAUCAUCUUGGACGAGGCUGACAGCAUGACUGCAGGCGCCCAACAAGCGCUGCGACGAACUAUGGAGAUCUUCUCGAAUACCACCCGUUUCUGCCUCGCAUGCAACAUGAGCAACAAAAUCAUUGAACCUAUACAAAGUCGAUGCGCUAUUUUGCGGUACGGCAAGCUGAAGGACCAAGAGAUCCUGAAGCGCUUGCUGGAGAUUUGCGAGGCGGAGAAGGUCGAAUAUAACGACGACGGCCUCACCGCCCUCAUCUUCACCGCCGAAGGCGACAUGCGGCAAGCCAUCAACAACCUGCAAUCUACCUGGUCCGGCUUUGGCUUUGUCUCCGGCGACAACGUCUUCAAAGUUUGCGAUCAGCCGCACCCCAUCACCAUUCAGACCAUCAUCCGAUGUUGCUUGAAGGGCGAUAUUGACGGUGCGAUGGUGAAGCUGACGGAGCUGUGGGAUCAGGGGUACAGUGCGGUGGAUAUUGUAGUGACGUUGUUCAGGGUGGUGAAGAACUUUGACGAGAUUCCGGAGUACACAAAACUGGAAUAUAUCAAGGAAAUCGGCUUCACGCAUAUGCGUAUACUGGAGGGUGUAGGGACCAUUAUACAGCUGUCUGGAUUGCUUGCGCGUUUGUGUAAGAUGAACACCAAGCCAGAACUGUUGCGCGUAUGA